CUCAAUCUGACGUGGGUUUCUGAAAGAUCUCAGAUUGUGUGUGUGGGAUUUGGGAUUGGUAGAAAAGGAAAGACCUUUAUAGGGUUUUGAGCAGUUUAGGCUAAUGGGUUUAGUUAGUUUGCUGGUUUUAAGAUGAAUGUGGGCUGACUUGGAAGAUUUGGAGGUUGUUUGAUAGAGGGUUUGGGGUUGAUUUGAGUUGUGAUGUCUUUCAAGAGUAUACUUCAGGAUAUGAAAGGUGAGUUUGGGAGCAUUUCGAGGAAAGGGUUUGAUGUGAAAUUUGGGAUGAAAUCGAGGUCACACCGGGUGGUGCAGGACACCUCGUUCAGGAUUGAUGCUUUGAAGCAGAGUUGUUGGGCUAACAUGCCGCCAGAGCUUUUGAGGGAUGUGUUGAUGAGAAUUGAGGCGUCGGAUGAUACGUGGCCUCCGAGGAAGAAUGUGGUUGCUUGUGCUGGUGUGUGCAAGAAUUGGAGAGAGAUCAUGAAGGAGAUUGUGAAGUCCCCGGAAGUUUCGGGGAAGCUGACGUUUCCAAUCUCUUUGAAGCAGCCUGGUCCCAGGGACUCCCUUCUCCAGUGUUAUAUAAAGCGGAGUCGUAGCAACCAGACAUAUUAUCUUUUCCUGGGCUUAAAUCAAGCUUCAACUGAUGAUGGGAAGUUCCUUCUUGCUGCAAGAAAGUGUAGACGCCCAACAUGCACAGAUUACAUCAUCUCUCUGAAUUCUGAAGAUGUGUCAAAAGGCAACAGUGCCUUUGUUGGGAAGCUCAGAUCAAAUUUUCUGGGUACCAAAUUCACAAUCUAUGAUGCACAACCAACUAAUACUGGAGCCAAAGUCACUAAAUGUCAUUCAACCAGACUUGUAAAUAUGAAACAAGUGUCACCCAGAGUUCCUGCUGGCAACUAUCCUGUGGCGCACAUUGCUUAUGAGUUGAAUGUCUUGGGUUCCAGAGGUCCAAGGAGAAUGCAGUGUGUAAUGGAUAGCAUCCCUGCUCGUGCUGUUGAGCCAGGAGGUGUAGCCCCUACGCAGACUGAAUUUGUCGCCAGCAAUUUGGAUAGUAUUCCAUCACUCCCUUUCUUCAGAUCAAAAUCAGGCCGUGGAGAGAGUGUCCAAUCUGGACUACAAUCUGGUCAGAAUGAAGGCAUGCUGGUAUUAAGGAACAAGGCACCUAGGUGGCACGAACAACUCCAGUGCUGGUGUUUGAACUUCAAUGGACGAGUGACUGUUGCUUCAGUCAAGAAUUUUCAGCUGGUUGCUUCUCCAGAGAACGGAGUUGCUGCUGGCCCAGAGCAUGAGAAUGUCAUUCUUCAGUUUGGAAAAGUAGGCAAAGAUGUAUUCACAAUGGAUUACCAGUAUCCAAUCUCAGCCUUCCAGGCAUUUGCUAUCUGCCUUAGCAGCUUUGACACCAAGAUUGCUUGUGAAUGACUGGCAAGCAAGUUACAAUCCAGAAUUUGGACUCGGUGUUUCAACUUACAGUAGUUUGUACUUAAAUGAUGAAAACAAGGUUCUUCUCUCAUUUCCGUUUUGAAGUGUGCUCUCGUAUUGUUUAGAUGCUUGAUCUUCUUACAUUCAGUCUCUAAUGAUACAGGCCCUCUAGUCUCCUCUAUUUUCUGAAUUUCAUGUAAUAUCGAUGACAGACUCAGAAACAGCAAUUUCUUCCAGAAUGUUGGAAAGAGAGACGAAGGUUAUGCAAAUUGGGUCUUCCUGAC